AUGGCCGCCCCUAUAAACAACAUUGCAGCGACAUUCGGAACAGUUCCAGUCUCAUCAUCUUCAUCUUCCUCCUCUUCUUCUUCAUCGAUGCUCCCAUCUUCGUUAAACCCAGGCACAUUAAACCUCUCCAUCCCACCUCAACCCCUUAUCUCUGCCUCGUGGAACCCUCAUGCCAUCCUCCCUCGCUCUCAGAAAUCAUCUUUCCUCAAUCUCUACGGUAGCCCCGGUCCAUCCCCUCUGCAAUCCAUCUUAACCUUGCAUCGCAACCGUAAUCAAAUGAUCCAAAUCCAAGAAAAACCAUCUAAAUCGAUUUCAAUCUCUAUAGGAGACAAAAUCCCCAACGCAACCCUCUCCUAUCUCGAUCGAAACAACCAUCUUCGAUCAAUCACCGUCUCAUCAAUCGCAAAAGGGAAGAAACUCGUUCUCCUCGGAGUCUCCGUCCCAUUCGCACCCAAAUGUACUCGCUUUUUACAGACGGCCGAGGAGAUGAAAUCGAGGAAUGUCGAUGUAGUGGCUUGCGUCGCCAUGAAUGAUGUGUUUGUGAUGAAGGCGUGGGCUGAGAAUCUAAGUUUGGGAGAUAAGGUAAUGAUGUUAUCGGACGGGAAUGGUGAACUGUGUAGAGCUCUUGGAGUAUCGUUGGCCUUGAGGAAUAGCAGAGAUGGGGCUUCACUGGGUUUGGGGAAUCGGUCCAGGAGAUUCUGUUUGGUUGCUCUGAACGGUGUCAUCAGGAGUAUUCGUGUGGACGAUUCCGAUGGAUUCACUGCCGAAAACGUCGUUGAAGCUAUUUGA